GAAAGCACAGAUUUAGCAGAGCAGAGGCGAGAAGUGCUAUAUUCCUACGGUCUGACUGGCCUCUGCUACUCCCAUCACCUCAUGCGUGUGCCCUAUUGAUGUGAACAUUAACAAUGUGCAGGAUUUCUGGCAACGGAACUGCGUUUGCAUGCUGCAACGCCAUAGUUUAGAAGUCAUUAUCCUCAUGAUUUCACCACCGCGCCAACUUUGCGCAGAUCAAACUACGUUCUGAUUCAAUAGAUACAGAUAGACGGCCACUGGAGACCGCAGCGGCGGAGUGGAUUUUCGCAAGCUGGAAUGGCGGGUUUGGCCAAUUUCUUCCUGUCUAGCCUCCUGGUCUUCAGGUUCGCAAGAGUGGCGCUUAGCGGAAGCGCCCAAUCUGUAGACGCCAGUCAUGACGUGGCAUGGAUGCCAUCCUGUAUGUCGCAGACAAUGGUUGCAGCGGGUAUAUCACCCGAGGCGGGCGCUGUGUACGAGCGGUAUUUCGCCAUGGAGGGCUUCUCCGUUCAGCAAAUCCUCAAAGCCUCAGACUUGGAGCUGGCCAGGGCGAUUGGCCACGUGCUACCGCCUCGCAAGAGUAUGCUCAAGCUGAGGAAUUGCCUGCAGCGAGCCACACCGCAAUGUUACGCCGUGCAGUGUCAGAACGGAGGCGUAUGCGCGCCACUUCAAGUUACGAAUCCACACUACUACUGUCAGUGUUCCGGCAAUUAUGGAGGCCACUACUGCGAACAAGAUAAGGCAACUACAGAUUUUGGCAAUGCGCUGCACGUCCUGAAGGAAGAGGUGUCUGCGCAAAGUACGAAACUCUCAACAAUGUCCAUCGCCGCCGAAAAGAAUGAUGUGACACUGAAGUCCUUGACAUUCAGGCAGAACCAAGCUGACAGAGAAUGGCCAGACAAAGUUGAACGAGAAGCGAAAAAGCUCAACCUCUGUUCCCGCCAGUACCUUGGAUACGAGUACCAGGUGUCGUACAAUGCUCCAGCCGUUUCUCAGAACAAACCCAUCGCACAAAUGAUAUUCGCCAAGCUACAGUCCAGCACUGCGCUACGUAUCUCUUACACCGCCUCAGUUCGCAUCAACCUGCCAGCCGGCAAUCAGAUCACCAGGUUCUACUUCAAAAUCGACAAUUCCGAAUGCAAGACCCCGGAGAAACUGCAGACCUACUUCCACCAUCACGACAACACAAACGGCCUGAGCAUUCUGCCGUUGCGCAUGGAGGGGGUUUGUGAGGCGACAAGCCAAAGCACCCUGGGCAAGGGCAACCGCACACUGGCACUGUACGUUGAAGACCGCAACGGAGCUAACAUUGCCUCGUCCAUUCGCUAUCGGCCAUCCACAUCGCUCUUCGAAGUUCAAGAGCUGUGCAAGCCAGUAACAGCUCCAACGGUGUUCUUCCCACCAUUCUUUGGGUGAUCCCGAAAACAAGUAGGGUGUACAUGUACAUCUGAUAUCAUGGCAUGAGAAUGGCGGCCAAGCAGAGCCUUGAAUUCCCCAAAGGUGUGCAUGGGUUAGCUGUUGACUCAAUGCCACAUUUAGCAAAGUGUCCCUCCACCUCUUAACCUCUACAUGUACUUUUGUGACAUGAACUUCUUAUGUACGACGUUCAGAUAUCUGGUUAAAAUAUUUCAGUCUUGUCAAUAAGUGCUUUUGCAGCCUUUUUCCCCUUUUCAACACAACUUCAAAUAUCAUGAAGUGGCCUUAGCAAGGUGAUUCCAAUGAACUGGUUCUAACCAAAGUAAAAUAAUUUUAUGAUCUCCUCUCUAUUCAGCAGAUACUGUACUGUUGCCUCGCUUCAAUAUUCCCACUUAAAUAUUAUACUGAUAUAUCUGGAAUUAAAUCGCCAGGAAUAAUCACAAUCUCGAUUAUCUAGAGGAUUUAUCCUGGUUUCGCAGCUGUGCACUGAGUGCGUACGAUUAUGCCCGCAAAUUGA